UCAUUCACCGGUUGACAGAAUACUUGUUGGUUUUUGCGUAAAAUUAUAGAAAACAUCUUUUAUUUUAUCCGGUUCGUUUCUUUUUCUUUCUUUUCAAAUUGGAAAUAUUUUAAAUAAAUAAACACAUAUACUUGAUACACUCUUCGAGGUUAAAGAACGAGGAUUUGCGUUUGGAAUAGCACGUGGGACAGAGAUUGGAGACAUGGUCGUGUUUACGUGUGGCCAUUGCGGCGAGUCCGUGAACAAGCCUAAAGUUGAGAAACAUUAUAUGACCAAAUGUAGAAAUAGGCCCCACAACUUAUCAUGCAUGGACUGUUUCAAGGACUUUCUAGGUAAUGACUACGAGGCUCAUACUAAAUGUGUAACCGAAGAAGAACGCUACUCAGGAAAAGGUUUUGUUGCUAAGGAAAAGAAAGGAGAAAAGAAGCAAAAUGUAUGGGUUGAAAUGCUUCAAGAGGUUUUGGAACAGCAAAAGAGUGCUCCGGCCAAUGUUAGAAGGAUAAUCGAGACUGUCAGCAAACAUAAUAACACUCCUAGGAAAAAACCCAAAUUCAUCAACUUUGUCAAAAAUGUCUGCGGACAGAAAACUAAUCCAAACGAUAUUAACCAAGCAUGGGAUAUGAUCUCCGUUAAACUGAGCGAGUUAUCAGCAAUGAAUGCUAGGCCCAAUCAAAAUCAACAAAAUAAGAAUUCUGAAGAUGAUGGAAGCAACGAGAAAACAGAAAAUGGGGUUACGGAAAAUGGUAAAACUGAGGAUCAUGAGGAAAAUGGUGAUGUUGGAGCUCAAAAUGGAGAAGAAGAGAAAGUUGGAGAAACUGAGGAAAAGCAUGGUAAGAAAUCUAAAAAGCAGCGUAAAGAAGAGAAAAAGCGUCAGAAGUAUGAAGCAGAAUUGCAGAGCGCAGCGCAGGAGCCUGGAGAGGAAGAGGAAGAACUGCAGCCCACAAAGAAAGAAAAAAAGAAGAAAAACAGAGCUGAAUCCGUUAGCAACGGUGACGCUGACGAACUUAAAGAAGAAGAUAACAAAAAUAAAAAACGUAAAAGACAAGAUACCGUCGGCGCAGUUCAGGAGGUCAAAGAUGCUGCUGAAAACGGGGUCAACGAAGCUGAAAUGCCCGUUAGCAGGGUUGACAAGAAAAAGAAGAAAACGAAGAGCACUGGAGAAUCCGAAGAGGCUGAAGAAAGUAUCUGUCUGCAUGACCAGAAUGUAGCAAAGAUUGGCGAAUUAGAUAUCCGUAAAGAUAAAUUCAAUUGGCAUGCUGUUAUAAUGUCUGUGCUUGAAAAGAAAGGAGAGAUGCAGUUCAAAAGACUUCAGAAGAAGAUUCUCGGCGAAUAUCAGGAGGCAACGGGGCAAGAGAUUGAUGAUAGAAUUGCAGAUAAGUUCAUUAAGAAAUUGAAAAGCGCACCCAAUGUUAGGGUGGACAAGAAUAGAGUGGUUCUCGUGGACUAGAAUUCUGUAUUAAACUUCUGGGUACAGGCAGCAGCAGAAGUUGCUAAGCGGGCGAGGUGUUCAAAAUGACCUUGACGCGCUACUUAUUCUCUUAACAAUAAAGUCGCGUCAAGGUCAUUUUUAACACUUGGCCCGCAUAGCAACUUCUGCUGCUGACUACGUAUUGGGUAAGGUUGCCUAAAUUAUUGUCUACUGCUAAUUUUAUGGAACUGUAAGACGACAUGUAUUUUAGAUUUGUGUUGUGUUUGUGUGAGUUUAUUUCAAUAUACUCAAAAUAAUCUACCCAAAUAAAAGUCAACCUACUGAAAUAAAGUUUAAUUCAUAUUAGGUUCCAUUACAGUCCAUAGAAUUAGCAACUUUACUUAAGGUGGUAUUCCAUCUGUUCAAUAUCUUUAGGGUUGCCAUAAUUAGUCGGAACUGAUAAGGGACAGUGGGUAUUCUAGAGCAGGGGCCACCGAGGGGCGGGAGGGGGGUGUAUCUGGUUGCUGCUGUUUGGAGCUAGGUAUAUAGAAAACAACCAUGAUGCAGGAACAAAUAUCUGUAUCACCAUACAAAUAAUUGCCCUUACCUGGAUUCGAAACCGGGAUCAUCGGUUUCAUACUCUUCAUAGGCAGGCUCACUAUCCAUUAGGCCAGACCGGUCGACAAAAUACGGGACAAAACGGGACCAGUAAAAAUACGGGACGUGAUACUUAAAUACGGUGACAGUCCCGUAUAUACGGGACGUUUGGCAACCCUAAAUAUCUUGGUCCAAUGUCAUUGCGUCUCACUCUCUCAUUAAGCAAAAUGUGAGACAAAAUACACAUUGGACAAAGAAAUUGGACAGGUAGAAUACCACCCUUAGAAGUAUCAUCAAAAAUUCCGUCAGAAUUAGAUAAAGUAAAUUGUGUUAAACUAUAUUCAUUUGUAUGAGAUUACCGCGUCUUGGCAUAAAUCGUGUAUACUUUUAUGAAAUUUCGCGGGUCCACACAGUGGCUCUGUGUCGACUGUCGAUCUGCCACUUUCACUCGGAAAAUCUGAGUAAAACGGCGAAAUGCUGUCAUUGAAAUACGAGCGAUAGAAAUUGAGAAUGUGAGGUAAUGAAUAUCGAAUUCUAUUAAAGUUAAACCAAGAAAAGUCUGCAGUGAUUUUGAUAGCCCACGCAGUGCAAGUGUUAUUAUUUUUUACGUCAUAAUUUCAUAUAAGUUUGACUUUAAAAAAAAACGUGUUUUGUACUUAACUAUGAAUGUGUGAGUUUGGCGAAACUGGUUUUCAUACUAAAAAGCUGUCAUUUCAUAUCCACUAGUUUAUUAAUUCGUGAAAAAAACACUUGCAUUGCGUGGGCUAGCAAAAUCGCUGCAGACUUUUCUUGGUCUAACUCUAGUAAAAUUUAAAUACCUAGUAGUGGAAAUAUUAUUAAAGGGAGGACACGAAAUCGAAUGAUCGAAAUUCAAAAAUUGGCUCCCUGAUUUUUGAAAAACGACGAGAAUGAACGAGAUACUACGGUUCUCCUUAUUAUGAUAUUGAAAAAAAAAAUAGCUAAUCAGAGUUUUUUUGUUUCAAACUAUCAUGUUACCUACUCUAUCUAAUGGGUGGUAUUCCACCUGUCUAACUUCUUUGUCCAAUGUGUAUUUUGUCUCACAUUUUGCUUAACCUUUUGGACGCCAAUGACCGAUAUAUCUGCACCGCAAGUCCAACGCCUUGGACGCCAAUGACCGAUAUAUCCGCACCGCAGGUCCAACGCCAAAGACGGAUUAAUCGGUCACAGACCACAGAGCAACAUAUGCAUAUGCAUAAAGUUCAAUUUCAGUUUUGACACUUCGGUGACGUGGCGUCCGAGUAACAGCUUUUGUGUUUGACACGGCGUCGAAAAGGUUAAUGAGGGAGUGAGACGCAAUGACAUAGGACCAAGAUAUUCGACAGAUGGAAUACCAUCCUAAGUCCCUUCAAAAAUUUCGGCGGCCUUAUUCAGUACCUUGCCAUUUUACUUAAUCAUGCCUCUGAUACUUCCAGUUUUAUAUGUAUUUCAUAAUUAACGUACCUACUCUUAGAGAUUGUCCUGUAAAACAGACUGCCAAUAAACAUGUGUCACCUUUA